AUGCCUCCCGUACGACGCGGUAGAACACGUGAAAUAAACGAGGGAAGUUCUUCGCAAAAUACAACGGAUAACGUAGCGAACCUUCGACAACAAUGCGCCGAGAAAGGUUUACCAACCAAUGGACGUCGCAAUGUUUUAAUCGCGCGUCUGCAACAACAUGCCGCAGCAAAUGCAAAUUUGCCGUCAACAUCAUCUGAAUCGCGACCAGUUAUUCCAGAAACACAACCAGCACUAACGGAAUCACAGCUAGCCCAAAUACAAGGUCUAAUAGUUUCUCGCAGUGUGGAGCAGUCCGUGGCAGAAAUAGCGACAAACGCAGCCCGAGCUGCCGUUCAAGCCAUGUCGAACUCGACGCCUCGCGUUCCAAGUAUUCCAAUCGUUGUGGAUGAAGUUGAAAGUACGGCUAACGCCAGCCUCGAGACUGUGGCAACUAACACGGUUGGAUCAAAUCAAGCUGCAAACAUCGUUCCCUACGGAAAUGGAUUCCAUGAGGUUCCUGCGUCAUAUGUCAGGCAAAUACAGACGGGUGAGUUCUUCGAUUUGUCUAAAUUAUUGCCAAGAAAUAUGUCUUUCUCUAAUACAUCGGAGGAGCCUAUCAUAUUAACAUUAGAGAACUCUGUGAUCAAAGCCAAAAAGGCAUCUCAGCCAACCGCCAGGAUCACUGAAAUUGAACAGUGGACAACCGCGUUUACCGUUUACAUGAGUGUUAUGACCCAUCAGUACCCAGGUCGGGCCCAGGAACUUCUACAAUAUAUGAGUUUGAUACGCCAUGCAGCCCAAACUCACCGUGGUCUGGGAUGGUGUAUAUAUGAUCAUAAAUUUAGAUGCAAGGCUGCACUUAACCCCAGUAUGACUUGGUCCAUGAUUGAUCAACAAUUGUGGCUGAUGAUAUUUACCACCAGCCCAGAUAUGCUAGUACAACACUAUCCUAUUUUUUCUAAUCGACCCCAAAACCGGGCUUCCUCAGGGGGCGAACGAGGAGGCUACUGCCACGAUUACAACAGGUGGGGCUACUGUACUCGAGAGCCAUGCCGAUACCGCCACGUGUGCAACAAAUGUAGUAACCCACACCCGGGAAGUAAAUGCUCCUUGCUCAAGUCUAAACCCGCUGACGAUGAAGAGCCAACCUCAAAGCGUGGUUCCAAAUCCUCAAAGUCCAAACGCGAGUAA